AUGGAGAGGGGAUGUGGGGGGGAGGGGAGGUGGCGCCUGACGCGGUGCCCCCCUCCCAGGACUGAUUCUCUGUCGAUCUUUGUACUUCGUGUAGAGCCGCACCCAACCGUCUAUUUUCUAUUAAAAGACAAAAACCACCCGGGCGCCGAGUUUCCCCGGGGCGGGGCCGAGACCCCGGCGCUGGGCGGGGGCGGGGCGUGGGGGGGGGCGGGAGGGGCGGGCGAGCGGCUCCCGUGUCACGUGGCGGGGGAAGGGGGCGGAGCGCGGGCCUGUUUGUUGUGGUGGCCAUCUUGCUGGUUGCAUUACUGGGUAAUUGGGGCCCUGGGCCGCGCCGCCCGGCCCGGCCCGGCCCUGCCCAACCGCCGUCGCCGCGAGGAUGAACUCGGCCCGCUGAGCGACCACCUCGGGAGUUCCCUGCGGUCUCCCCUCCAUCCCCGGCCUCCGGGCCGCCGUUUGUGCCCCGAGCGGGCCCUCCUGCCCCCCGCGCCCGCCGCCCCCCGCGCCCUCGCCACUCACCCUCCCCGACGCCCCCCAGGGAGCCGCCGCGGCCCCCCGCGGCCCCCGCUGUCCCCGCGGCCCGACCCGAGGCUCCCGUCAGGAUGCGAGGCGACUCCCGGCCGCCGCCGGCCUCCCUCCGAGGGCCCCGCCGCUCCCCGCCUCUCUGACCCGGCCAUGGCCGCGCCGCCGGGCCAUGGGCCUUUCUCCGGCGGGCGCCAGCCUCCGCAGGGGCUGCCAGAUGUUCAGCUGCUGCCUCGGCGACUCCCGCUGUCGUUCCGGGAUGCGACGUCGGCCCCCCUGCGCAGGUUGUCCGUGGACCUCAUCAAGACGUACAAGCACAUCAACGAGGUCUAUUAUGCGAAGAAGAAGCGGCGUGCUCAGCAAGGCCCCCCCGAGGACUCCAGCACCAAGAAGGAACGGAAGGUGUUGAACCGCGGUUACGACGACGACAACCACGACUACAUAGUUCGCAGUGGGGAGCGUUGGCUGGAGAGAUAUGAGAUCGACUCGCUCAUCGGGAAGGGCUCCUUCGGACAGGUGCGGGGUGGCGGACCGGUGGCGGACUGGCCGGCUCGGGACGAGGACCCUGUGGUCAGACCCGGGUCCCCCCGCCUAAGAUACUUGGUAUCUCGGGGGGCCGCGGAGCGUCCGGGGGCCGACGUGACCUCCGUCUGGUUUAGAGCCCCAGGGGAAGAAGCUGUGAUAUCGUGUCGGCCUC